AUGAUUGAAACACACGUCGAAAUUGCGGCUUCAUCCGGCCGAGUGCGGGAUGUGCUCCUUGACUUUGCGAGCUACCCAGAUUGGCAAACAUCAGGCCUAGUUCGCCUACUAGAACCCGAGGAUUCCACUAAGACUUUGACUACUCUACAACCAGGCGAUAAGAUUAAGUGCGAUAUUGACGGGAUGAAGUUUACCGCCGAAAUUAAGGUUGUCCUUCUUCAUGUUUCAGAUAGGGAUCUAUACAACCGCACUCAGCUAAUAUCACACCGAUGA